AUGCAUUUGUAUUGCACUUUCUGGUAUGAUUCUGAGAUUAAACAUUGCAUUCCUUGGACCACUCUUCCUUCAUUCUUCCUUCAAUCCUUCCUACCUGCCAUCAUUCUUUCUAUAUUCCUUUCAUCGUUCCUUCCAUUCUUCCUUCCAUCAUUCUUUCUAUAUUCCUUUCAUCGUUCCUUCCAUUCUUCCUUCCCUUCUUCCUUCCUUUCUUCCUUCUAUUCCCCCUUCCUUUGUUCCUUCCAUCCUUCCUUCCAUUCUUCCUUCCAUCAUUCUUUCUAUAUUCCUUUCAUCGUUCCUUCCAUUCUUCCUUCCCUUCUUCCUUCCUUUCUUCUUUCUAUUCCCCUUCCUUUGUUCCUUCCAUCCUUCCUUCCAUUCUUCCUUCCAUCAUUCUUUCUAUAUUCCUUUCAUCGUUCCUUCCAUUCUUCCUUCCCUUCUUCCUUCCUUUCUUCCUUCUAUUCCCCUUCCUAUGUUCCUUCCAUCCUUCCUUCCAUUCUUCCUUCCAUCAUUCUUUCUAUAUUCCUUUCAUCGUUCCUUCCAUUCUUCCUUCCCUUCUUCCUCCCUUUCUUCAUUCUAUUCCCCCUUCCUUUGUUCCUUCCAUCCUUCCUUCCAUUCUUCCUUCCAUCAUUCUUUCUAUAUUCCUUUCAUCGUUCCAUCCAUUCUUCGUCCCCUUCUUCCUUUCUUUCUUCCUUCUAUUCCCCCUUCCUUUGUUCCUUCCAUCCUUCCUUCCAUUCUUCCUUCCAUCAUUCUUUCUAUAUUCCUUUCAUCGUUCCUUCCAUUCUUCCUUCCCUUCUUCCUUCCUUUCUUCCUUCUAUUCCCCUUCCUUUGUUCCUUCCAUCCUUCCUUCCAUUCUUCCUUCCAUCAUUCUUUCUAUAUUCCUUUCAUCGUUCCUUCCAUUCUUCCUUCCCUUCUUCCUUCCUUUCUUCCUUCUAUUCCCCUCCUUUGUUCCUUCCAUCCUUCCUUCCAUUCUUCCUUCCAUCAUUCUUUCUAUAUUCCUUUCAUCGUUCCUUCCAUUCUUCCUUCCCCUUCUUCCUUCCUUUCUUCCUUCUAUUCCCCUUCCUUUGUUCCUUCCAUCCUUCCUUCCAUUCUUCCUUCCAUCAUUCUUUCUAUAUUCCUUUCAUCGUUCCUUCCAUUCUUCGUUCCCCUUCUUCCUUCCUUUUUCUUCCUUCUAUUCCCCUUCCUUUUGUUCCUUCCAUCCUUCCUUCCAUUCUUCCUUCCAUCAUUCUUUCUAUAUUCCUUUCAUCGUUCCUUCCAUUCUUCCUUCCCUUCUUCCUUUCCUUUCUUUUUUCUAUUCCCCUUCCUUUGUUCCUUCCAUCCUUCCUUCCAUUCUUCCUUCCAUCAUUCUUUUUCUAUAUUCCUUUCAUCGUUCCUUCCAUUCUUCCUUCCCUUCUUCCUUCCUUUCUUUUUUCUAUUCCCCCUUCCUUUGUUCCUUCCAUCCUUCCUUCCAUUCUUCCUUCCAUCAUUCUUUUCUAUUUCCUUUCAUCGUUCCUUCCAUUCUUCCUUCCCUUCUUCCUUCCUUUCUUCCUUCUUUCCCCUUCCUUUGUUCCUUCCAUCCUUCCUUCCAUUCUUCCCUUCCUCAUUCUUUGUUCCUUCCAUCCUUCCUUCCAUUCUUCCUUCCAUCAUUCUUUUUCUAUAUUCCUUUCAUCGUUCCAUCCUCCAUUCUUCCUUCCUUUCUUCCUUCCUUUCUAUUCCCUUCCUUUGUUCCUUCCAUCCUUUCCUUCCAUUCUUCCUUCCAUCAUUCCUUUUCUAUAUUCUUAUUCAUCGUUCCUUCCAUUCUUCCUUCCCUUCUUCCUUCCUUUCUUUUUUCUAUUCCCCUUCCUUUGUUCCUUCCAUCCUUCCUUCCAUUCUUCCUUCCAUCAUUCUUUCUAUAUUCUUUUCAUCGUUCCUUCCAUUCUUCGUCCCCUUCUUCCUUCCUUUCUUCCUUCUAUUCCCCCUUCCUUUGUUCCUUCCAUCCUUCCUUCCAUUCUUCCUUCCAUCAUUCUUUCUAUAUUCCUUUCAUCGUUCCUUCCAUUCUUCCUUCCCUUCUUCCUUCCUUUCUUCCUUCUAUUCCCCCUUCCUUUGUUCCUUCCAUCCUUCCUUCCAUUCUUCCUUCCAUCAUUCUUUCUAUAUUCCUUUCAUCGUUCCUUCCAUUCUUCCUUCCCUUCUUCCUUCCUUUCUUCCUUCUAUUCCCCUUCCUUUGUUCCUUCCAUCCUUCCUUCCAUUCUUCCUUCCAUCAUUCUUUCUAUAUUCCUUUCAUCGUUCCUUCCAUUCUUCCUUCCUUUCUUUUUUCUAUUCCCCUUCCUUUGUUCCUUCCAUCCUUCCUUCCAUUCUUCCUUCCAUCAUUCUUUCUAUAUUCCUUUCAUCGUUCCUUCCAUUCUUCCUUCCUUCUUCCUUCCUUCCUUUCUUCCUUCUAUUCCCCCAUCCUUUGUUCCUUCCAUCCUUCCUUCCAUUCUUCCUUCCAUCAUUCUUUCUAUAUUCCUUUCAUCGUUCCUUCCAUUCCUCCUUCCCUUCUUCCUUCCUUUCUUCCUUCUAUUCCCCCUUCCUUUGUUCUUUCCAUCCUUCCUUCCAUUCUUUUCCUUCCAUCCAUUUCAUCUUUUUUUAUAUUCCUUUCAUCGUUCCUUCCAUUCUUCCUUCCUUCUUCCUUCUUCCCUUUCUUCCUUCUAUUUCCCCUCCUUCCUUCCAUGUUCCUUCCAUCCUUCCUUCCAUUCUUCCUUCCAUUCAUUCCCCGCCUUUUUCUUCCAUAUUCCUUUCAUCGUUCCUUCCAUUCUUCCUUCCUUUCCAUCCUUCCUUCUUCCUUCCUUUCUUUUUUCCCCCCUUCCUUUGUUCCUUCCAUCCUUCCUUCCAUUCUUCCUUCCAUCAUUCUUUUCUAUAUUCCUUUCAUCGUUCCUUCCAUUCUUCCUUCCCUUCUUCCUUCCCUUUCUUCCUUCUAUUCCCCUUCCUUUGUUCCUUCCAUCCUUCCUUCCAUUCUUCCUUCCAUCAUUCUUUUCUUUAUUCCUUUCAUCGUUCCUUCCAUUCCCCUUCCUUUGUUCCCAUUUCCUUCCUUCCUUCUUUCUUUCUUCCUUUCCUUCCUUCCCCCUUCCUUCUUUCCUUUGUUCCUUCCAUCCUUCCUUCCAUUCUUCCUUCCAUCAUUCUUUCUAUAUUCCUUUCAUCGUUCCUUCCAUUCUUCCUUCCUUCUUUCCUUCCUUUCUUCCUUCUAUUCCCCCUUCCUUUGUUCCUUCCUUCCUUUCUUCCUUCCAUCAUUCUUUUCUUUAUUUCCUUUCAUCGUUCCUUCCAUUCUUCCUUCCCCUUCUUCCUUCCUUUUUUCCUUCUAUUCACCCUUCCUUUCCUUCCAUUUCCUUUUCUUCCUUCCAUCAUUUUUUUCUAUAUUCCUUUCAUCGUUCCUUCCAUUCUUCCUUCCCUUCUUCCUUCCUUUUCUUCCUUCUAUUCCCCCCUUCCUUUGUUCCUUCCAUCUUUCCUUCCAUUCUUCCUUCCAUCAUUCUUUUCCAUAUUCCUUUCAUCGUUCCUUCCAUUCUUCCUUCCCUUCCUUCCUUCUUCUUCCUUCUUCCAUCCUUCCUUCCUUUCCCCCAUCAUUCUUUCUAUCCUUUCAUCGUUCCUUCCAUCCUUCCUUCCAUUCUUCCUUCCAUCAUUUUUUUAUAUUCCUUUCAUCGUUCCUUCCAUUCUUUCUUCCCCCUUCUUCCUUCCUUUCUUCCUUCUAUUCCCCCUUCCUUUGUUCCUUCCAUUUUCCUUCCAUUCUUCCUUCCAUCAUUCUUUUUCCAUAUUCCUUUCAUCGUUCCUUCCAUUCUUCCUUCCCUUCUUCCUUCCUUUCUUUUCUAUUCCCCCCUUCCUUCUUGUAUUCCAUCCUUCCUUCCAUUCUUCUUCCAUAUUCCUUUUCGUUCCUUCCAUUCUUCCUUCCAUCCUUCCUUUCUUUCUUCCUUUAUUCCCCUUCCUUUGUUCCUUCCAUCCUUCCUUCCAUCAUUCUUUCUAUAUUCCUUUCAUCGUUCCUUCCAUUCUUCGUUCCCUUUUCCUUUCUUUCUUCCUUCUAUUCCCCCUUCCUUUGUUCCUUCCAUCCUUCCUUCCAUUCUUCCUUCCAUCAUUCUUUCUAUAUUCCUUUCAUCGUUCCUUCCAUUCUUCCUUCCCUUCUUCCUUCCUUUCUUCCUUCUAUUCCCCUUCCUUUGUUCCUUCCAUCCUUCCUUCCAUUCUUCCUUCCAUCAUUCUUUCUAUAUUCCUUUCAUCGUUCCUUCCAUUCUUCGUCCCCUUCUUCCUUCCUUUCUUCCUUCUAUUCCCCCUUCCUUUGUUCCUUCCAUCCUUCCUUCCAUUCUUCCUGCCAUCAUUCUUUCUAUAUUCCUUUCAUCGUUCCUUCCAUUCUUCUUUCCUUUCUUCCUUCUAUUCCCCUUCCUUUUUCCUUCCAUCCUUCCUUCCAUCAUUCUUUCUAUAUUCCUUUCAUCGUUCCUUCCAUUCUUCGUUCCCUUCUUCCUUUCUUUCUUCCUUCUAUUCCCCCUUCCUUUGUUCCUUCCAUCCUUCUUUCCAUUCUUCCUGCCAUCAUUCUUUCUAUAUUCCUUUCAUCGUUCCUUCCAUUCUUCGUUCCCUUCUUCCUUUCUUUCUUCCUUCUAUUCCCCCUUCCUUUGUUCCUUCCAUCCUUCCUUCCAUUCUUCCUUCCAUCAUUCUUUCUAUAUUCCUUUCAUCGUUCCUUCCAUUCUUCCUUCCCUUCUUCCUUUCUUUCUUCCUUCUAUUCCCCCUUCCUUUGUUCCUUCCAUCCUUCCUUCCAUUUUUCCUGCCAUCAUUCUUUCUAUAUUCCUUUCAUCGUUCCUUCCAUUCUUCUUUCCUUUCUUCCUUCUAUUCCCCUUCCUUUUUCCUUCCAUCCUUCCUUCCAUCAUUCUUUCUAUAUUCCUUUCAUCGUUCCUUCCAUUCUUCCUUCCCUUCUUCCUUUGUUUCUUCCUUCUAUUCCCCCUUCCUUUGUUCCUUCCAUCUUUCCUUCCAUUCUUCCUUCCAUCAUUCUUUCCAUAUUCCUUUCAUCGUUCCUUCCCUUCUUCUUUCCUUUGUCCCAUCUUUCCUUCCAUUCUUCCUUUCAUAUUCCUUUCAUCCUUCCUUACUUUUAUUCUUCCUUCUUUCCUGUUUUAUUUCUUUCCAUCAUUCUUUCCUUCAUUCAUUCGUUUCUUCCUGUCAUCUUUCCUUUAUUUCUUACUUUUUUCCUCUCUUCCUUUCAUUCCUUUUUCCUUCCUUUCUUUUUUUCCUGUUUUCUUUUCUUCUUUCCCACUUUCUUCCUAUCCAUCCUUCUUUGUUUACUUUUUUCUUCCUUCUAUCCUUCCUUCGUCUUUCAUUGAUUUCUUCCUUUUUUUUCUUCCUACUUUCCUUCCUUCCAUUCUUCUUUCCUUUCUUUCCUUCCUUUCUUUCCUUCUUUCCUUCAUUCUUUCCAUAUUUCGUCGUUCACAAUAUUUUUUUUUACUCUCUUUCUUAUUUACUUUUCUUUAA